AUGCCCAAGGAGACGUUGAACGAACGCCGUGCUCGGCAUCGGCGCAACGAAGAACGACGGCGGAAGCGCAUUCACAGCUCGCUCGAUGGCCUGAGGCAAAUUCUACACCUUGACCCUCAAGCCGAACAGGCUGCCGUGAUGGAAGCUGCCCUUCGCACGCUACGAGCCAUCCUUCCCCCUCAGGGCGUGGAAGGUGCUCUUGCUUCAGUUGCUGCCGGCCAUAUUGCCGCCCUCUCAGCAGCCAACUCGCAGAGCAGGCCGGUGCCCACCACCCACGCCGUCCCCCAGCCAGCCAACACAAUGGCCAACACCCUCCAAACCCUUCCGCUGAGCAGCUCCAACGGUUCCUCCACCAGCAGUGCCAUCCCCGUUCACCGCAAUCGCACCCCGCCCAAGACGGGUCCAGGCGCAGAGUGGCCAGCUCCCGAUGAAAUUGACCCCGCCUUUGUUGCCGGCACCCUCCUCUCUGUCAACGCCAUCGCCAAUCGUCCCAAUUCCACUGCUAGCCAGCCGACCACAGGGGCCCUUCACGCCCACCAACACGGCGUUAACGGCCCCAGAACCCCCGGCGCCCGCAGCGACGACACCAGCGACCUCAGCUUUGAGCAUGCGCACCACCACCAACAACAUCAACAACCGCCGUCACAGCAGGCUCACCCAGCACUGAGUCAAGCAGCACGCCAAGAACAAACCUCCUCGAUCCACACCCAUCCCCACGUCACGGUCCUGCCCGGCCUUACAUUGGAUAGCCCCCGACUGCCCACCAACGUGGGCAUCUUCAUCUCGGACGGCUUCAAACACGUCCUUGACUGUAAUACCCGCAUCCUCAAGCUCCUCAACUGCUCGCGCCUGGCCGAUAUUCUCAACAAGUCUUUUCUCGACUUUAAUGUCAUGGUCGAUCACGAAAUCCACGCCGCCAUCUUCCCCCUCAUGCAACGUGGCCAGCGCAACUGCGCUUCUGCCGUCGUCCGCAUCCGUGAUCUGGGUCAAAAUCAAACCAUCUGGGUCCGAAACGUCAUCAUUCGCCUGGGCAGCAUGGGCAGUCAGGCCCAGCCUGGCGUCCCCAUGUUUCUCGGCAUUAUGCAGCCCCAUGAGGAACCCCUCGACGGAAAGCCCCACCUCCUGGAGAACAUUGAAAUCUCCUCCGAACUAGAGUGUUUCAACCAAGCCGUCGAUCAACACAACCUUGACCUCUGA